UUACUCGAUGCUGGCAGUUAGCGGGUAGCGUCUGCAGGCGUCGGACGCGUUAUUCUGCAUCAAAACUGUUUAAGGACCUCUGUCUUUAUUCGAGACUAAAAUUUUCUCAGGUUUAUUAUUUAUAAUUGUUUUUGCGUUUGAAUACUGGAUUUACGCACCGUUUCAAAGACUCGAUAAGUCCUAUCAACCGGAUACAGCGGGCGACUAAGCGCCAAUAUAAAAGCACUGCUAAAAUGCCGAGCGUCGUUCGAAGAACGGUCUCGCGGAACAAGAAGCAGUAAAACGGAAUCCAAUUAAGUAACGAAUAGACUCGCGACACACAGCGUUUAAUUUCUUCGAAACGAUGACGACGAGGUUUAAAAACAAGAAGACGUCGGGAUCAAAAAUGAAUUCAUCGAGAAAGCGUGGCGCAACGAUUUAAACGAUGAGCCCCCGGUAGCUUGUCCUUGGCGCGAUAGCGGAACGUCGAUGAUUUAAACAAUGAACUCGUCGUAUCUAUGGGGCGAAGACGAAGAAUGGGGAGCACGAUAUUACUUCACUUACUACAGUCAAUUUGGGAAUCGUCAAGGAGCCAGCGCCGUCGAGGUGGUGAUAUUGGCCAUUAGCUUCGUUCUAGCGGUUGGUGCCAAUUUGGGAAUUGCCGGCUGUAUACUUAGGUACAAGGAAAUGAGAACGCCCACGAACCUGUGCCUGGUGAAUUUGGCUGUCGCCGAUCUGUUAUUUACCGUCGGCGUCCCAGCAAUCGCGUACACCAGAUUAACGCAGUCUUGGCAACUCGGUGAAACGAUCUGCAGAUUGCUACCUUAUUCACAGUUUGUCUGCGGCUUCGUGCUCCUAUGGACAUUGACGUUUAUAUCGAUGGACAGACAUCGAUGCUUAGCGAUAGCUCCUUAUAGAAGUGCCUUAACGAGGCCCAGAGUUUUAGCGGCUAGUCUCAUCACGUGGAUCAUCGCAGCUUUCGUUUUUCUACCGGUCGUAUUUUGGUUUAGACCGAAGGAUAUCACGAACGAGUUGACGAUCUGCACUUUGGUCUUUCCACGAAACAAGAUCGUCAACGUCUCGUUAUGCUUCACAUUACCGAUCAUCGUUCUUGCCUGUCUUUUACCUAUGGCACUUCUGGUCUAUCAUUAUCAGCGGAUCUUCAAAAAAAUUCUCGACUCCCGGAGCCGAUGGGCCGUUCCAUGCGUCACGCAAGGAUUGGAGAGCGGCGCAACAGGUAGAAGAGACUCCGAGCUAUCGGUGGUGGGAACUUUACUACCCUGGGCAGGAAGAAAGUUGUCCACUGCAUCGGUGACGGGUCGACAGGGCCGAGCCGGUAGUCUUUCCCAACACGAGGAGAUACGACUCCACAAGCAUCUUCGAGUUGUACGAAUUUUACUACUGAACGUGGUAGCCGUCCUCGUAAUGUGGCUUCCGAUCACCACGGUGAUGCUAUUGAUUUACGUGGACGGUAGAAGGCCUAACGAGAACACGAAUUUUUUCCUGAUGUCCCACCAUUUUGUCUGGACCUUGAUCGUAGCGCAAUUGAAUACCGUGAUCAAUCCUCUGCUUUACGGUGUCUUUUCGGAAAACUUUCGUGCCUGUUUCGCGAAACUCUGGCGGCGCGACCUCGAUGGUAACGCCAGAAACGCGGAACGCGGUGGGUCCAAGAAAAGCUCCAAGUCGUUAGAAGCUUUUCAGACUAGAUUGGGUGGUAACAGAACGCCUAGCAGCUCGAGAAAUCAACAAAAACAAUCGAAGAAAAGGUCCAGUUGCAGUAUAGGUAGCAUCGUUGAAGUACCAAAUUCGGAAAAGUUAUGAGACACCGAAAUAUCGAUCGACCGAUGCAUCCAAAUUUUGUGACUAUCGGACAAAGGGCUUGUACGAAAUAUUAUUUAUUAACCGUAUGAAAAUUUCAAUGUUAAAAGGAUCCACGCCAAAUAAGAACGAAACAUUAAUUUUCUUUUUAAAUUAUUUUAAUUUAAAACUGUAUAUUUAAUUAGAUAAUAGAAAGUAAUACAAAAAAUAGUACAAAAUUUUAUAAACGUGUAUUUAACAGGAAUAAACUUUG